GUUAUGUUUUAUAUAAUCCGCGCUCGCACUUUGUUUCUUCAUCCAAAGUAGCUACGGAUUUCAAUUGGAUUACAGCCACAGCAGCAUCUUCUGAAGAAAAUGGGUCUAUUAUCACUACUGCGAAAACUGCGCCCCAGUCCCGAAAAAGAAGCCAGAAUACUGUUACUUGGCCUGGAUAAUGCUGGCAAAACGACAAUCCUAAAGCAAUUGGCGUCCGAAGACAUUGCUACGGUGACGCCAACUGCCGGUUUCAAUAUAAAAUCUGUGGCCGCUGAUGGUUUUAAGCUCAAUGUCUGGGACAUUGGUGGUCAAUGGAAAAUACGACCAUACUGGAAAAACUACUUUGCAAACACGGAUGUAUUGAUUUACGUAAUUGACUGCACAGAUCGUGAACGUUUGAAAGAAACCAGCCGUGAGCUCUUCGAAUUGCUUAUGGACAAUCGCCUGAAGCAGGUACCGUUGUUGGUGUUUGCCAAUAAACAGGAUUUACCAAAUGCGCUCACAGCAUCUGAGGUAGCCGAAGCGGCGCAAUUAGUGCGUUUAGAGGAGCGCACCUGGCAGAUAAUGGGCUGUUCGGCGGUUGAUGGUACGGGCAUCAAAGAAGGUAUGGAUUGGGUCUGCAAGAAUAUGAAGAAAUGAAAAAUUGUAUAUUCAUUCACACGUAGUUUCUAACUCUCUAAGUGCUCUUAACUCGCUUCUAAGGCAACAACAACAAUUCAAUGCAAUCAAGUUCAAAUUGAAAUAUCAUAUACACAUAUAUAUAUACGUAUGUAUG